UGAACAUGCACUAUUUAAAACAAUUUCUAGUUUUUUUUUUAUAACGCCAUCUUCAUAUUACGUGGCUAAAAAUCGACAGGUCAUUAGCUAAUUGGCUAAUAUUGCAUUGGUUUGUCCUAAUUGGUCAAGUCCUAAUGUACGAUACGCAAUCUAAAUUUUCAAUGUUCUAUGUUCUAUAAUACGCCGCGGACUUCAAGCGCGGCAGUCUAGUUCGAAUCUUCUUCGGGGCGCGACGUGACCGCCAUUUAUCAGUCUCAUUUCUCGCGGAAGAGAGUCGUCCUUGCAUUUCCCUUGAAAAGCCACGGCGCGGAAGACUCGCGGGGACCCUCAGGGAGGAAGAGGGUAAGCGAGUACAGAGGGAGAAGAGCGAAAUGGAAAAAGAUGUACCGUUCUCCGACGCAGGUAAACGAGCGGCACGGCGCAUGGCACUAUUCCCCAUCCCCGCCCCGCGCCGGCGCGCCGGGGCGUCCCUAGAUUCUAUGUCGCGGUGAGCGCGCGCGACUCGCACUCGCUCGCGAGACGCCGAGGCGGCACAAGUGUAGCGGUAACGGUUUGUCACGUAUUCGCGCACUCUGCCCUUCGCCGUCACCCGUCUCCCCCUUCCUUUCCUUUCCCUUCCUUUCUAUCGUGCGAUGUAAACACGCGGCCGGAGUUCGACAGGUGUCUGCGAACGUGCGCGUGGCAUUCGAAUCCAAAAAAAAAAAAUUAACGUCGCGUUCGGUAAUCGACAAGUGAUCGUGACAGUGUAUACGACAUCCGUCGUUCGUUGCCCGUCUAUCGUUCGUUCGAGAGAGCGCGAACAAAGUGCAUUAUUAUUAUAUACUGUUCUACUCUACCGAACGGUGCGCACCGCACAGUGAUCUCCCGUGCCAGUCGCCGACCUGGGUUCGCGGAUUCGAUUGUGUCGAGAUUGAGGAGAGGAAAAGAAAGACAGCGGCGUCGUGGGAAAGGGAGCAACGCCGCGGAUUUAUCGAUACAAGAUGAAUGGCGAAUCGUGCUGCACUCCAUAGAGACGCCAGAUCGGCAUAGAAAUGGGCAAUAGCAGUUCCCAUCAAUACUGUGCGUCCAAUGGACCGUCGCAGGAGGUUGGCAGACGCGGGUGGACGCAGUCCUUCCCUCGGGAGCUUGCGAGACAUCAUCCUCAACAACCGGCGGGACACAAGGUCCUGCCGGAGCCGCCCAAUCAGCGGCUGCGCGCCACCAAUAAUGGCAGCAUCAUUCACAACGGGGGAACCAUAAGCGGCCGCAGGCCUCCGGCCCUCACGCUUCCGCACGACCUUAAUAAGCCAGGAAUAUUCCGCAGCCGCAGUACCUCGGCGUCGAAUAUCGGCGCUUCGCGCGGCCGCAAGCUCGAGCACCGUUGCUGUCAAUAUCGAAGCGAGUUAGGGUGCUGCAUGGAGAACGAGAUGCAGGAGAUCAAGAGGUUUGGCAGCGAGCCCGAUCUGCGAUACUCGCCGAUGGGACAGGAGGCGGUGCGUUGCAACGGGAAACAACAGCAUCAGCAUGCGAUGGAGCACCGGCAUUGCGGAAACGGACAUUAUCCCGAACGGGAUUGCAAGGAGCGCGAGAGCCGAUACAGGAACAAAAAGAAGUACAAGGCACCGGCGCCGCCGUUAAACGGUGUCGUCGACAGGUCGUCCCCCGAUUCUUAUAGAUAUAUGGAAUCUGGCCAGGAUCGUCAGAGUGGUUGUCGCGGCGAGGAGGAAGUUCAACCACCGCCGAGGCGGUCGCGCCUCUUCAAGACGCGGGCGGAAACGAAGAGGGCGCAAGUCAACUGGCUAUCCUCAUCCUCAUCGUCGCAGAUUCACGUCGUUGAAGAACGUUGCGAGAACAGCGGUGGCGGUGGUGGUUUGGAGAACGAGCGACAGUGGCGGGGCGAGGACGGCCGUGCUGCCAGCAAGGAGAACAGGCUUGCCUGGCGCGAUCUCCGUCAGGAUCGUUGGUGCCGGGACGAGCAGAGGCGUUUGCGGAUCUUUGAUGGCAAGAAUACGCUGCAAAGAAGCAUGAGCAGUCCGGAGUUCCAAGCAGAGCUAAUGCAGGUAGCCAGGAAAGUUCGCAAUAAGCUCCACUGUGGCGGUAAGUCCUCGUCGGUAGCAGAGCCCGCGAAUCUGAUAGAGCGCAGUAGCGACAUUGACCGAGGCUUUAAAGAGUCAAAAGUCGAAGAGACGAAGAGGCCGGAAAAACGAUUGGCGAAGAACGAGGAGAGUUCCCGCGAUGAAUGCGCGAUCGAAAACAGAAUCGUCGAGGAGAGGCGGCUGAUCGACCGCUGUAAUCGAUCCGAAAACAAACUCAAUAUGUAUGAAGAACGUAAAGGAAACGUCCGUGAUCUUGAAAGAACCAAGAACUACCUGGAGGAGCGGCAAACAGAAGCCAUAUCGAGUGGAAAGAGACGACUCGUCGAGAAAUUGGCGACGUUUGACGAAUCGUCUACGGUACACUCAAAGGAUCCUCCUCGGAAAAAUUCAAAGGAUUGUCUGGACGCAGCGAAAUACUCUUCGGCGGAGAGAUUCUCGUCGGAGAAACAACGGAGAGAUCUGCUCGAGGAUUAUCAACGAGCAAAGAGUGUGGCUAAGAGCCGGAAGUAUGAGAACACGGCGGAGCCGGCGAGAACCAGAUCGGAGAGUCCGGUGAGACCCUACGUCAGGGCGACGGAUCCUCGCGGGCAGGGUUCCGGGAGGGAGAGCACGCCCGAGCGAACGAGCGAGGCCAAAGAGAAAGGAAAGGAGAGAGAUUCCGAUCGUAGAUGGCGGAAGAGCGACGCUAGGAAUACUGAUGGCGCACAGGACGAGAAGAGAUGGCCCUGCGAACCUGUUCCCGCGACGGUGGAGAAGAAGGACGCGAAAUUCAAAGAGAAGCUCGUGAGGAAACCAGAAGUCAAGGAAGUCGUGCGCGAGAAAAAUUGGCACGUACUGCCGUCACCGGAGAAAUCCGCACCGAAGACUUUCUACUUCGGCAUGGACGCAGCAUUGUCGAAUGAGUCGCGGAAUUGCGUGGACCAGCAUAUGGAGCAGAUACAGUCCAGGUUGCAAGCUAGAGAGGUUAACGGAUCGAUCGAAUGCCACGAUUAUACGGAUGAUGGGAAGAGUGGAAUAGAGGAUAUUUCGUUAAAAUUACGGCCCACGUUACCUAAGAAGCAGCUAGAAAUUCCACGAUUCUCACCAUCGGCAGCGUGGAGGCUAUUGUCAGCAUUAGAAGCACCAGGACCAAACAUGAGCACGGCGAGCGAGGAAGUUCCGGUAAUGUUUGAGGAGCGUAUCGAACGUCUAUCGAGGCCACCUCCGCCACUGAUCGCUCUUGGCCCGCGAAGUUCGCACGAUAAAUCGGGCGAUUCUGGUAUAUCCGGGGAUGCUGGCGCAGUUAAUGACGAUUCAUUAGACGUCAGCACCAAUACUAAUAACAAUAGAUUGAAAACACCGGCGACAAGACCGACGUGGACGCCGCAGCAAGAUCUGGGCGAAGAAUCCAGUAGUGACGCUGGCGUGGAUUCGCCUCCGCCAAUGCCGACCCCCGUUAAGUUUCCGCCCAGAGCACACGUGUUCUCGUUAUCGUUGCCGCGCGACGACAAUCGCAUGUAUCUAUACAAUCCGGAUCCAAAGAGCAAGGAGGGCUCGACCUUCAACUCGCUGCAGAAGCUGAAGAGAUCAGUAUCGGGCGCCCUCGGGCUCGGUCCGUUGGAUCUCGAGAGGAAACGUAUUCGCGAUGUCCUUGAUGACAACUGGUUACUAUCAACAAGCGCGCCGACAUCCCUGCAACAUACACAGAUCACGGACGCAACGCGAUCUUCACCACACGGUUGGAAGCCCAGUUUCGACGACGAAGACGAUGACGAGGAUUUGGUGGAAGAUUUGGAGGACCGCAGUGAUUUUCCUAUAAUUAUGAAGCCGCCCUCGUUUUCCUAUCUGGCUUCAGGCGGCCAUGUGAUGUAUUUGCCCGAAUCAAACGGUUCUCAAUAUCAGUCACAAGGUUUGAAUUGCAGGAGCAAUAUGGUGAUGGAGAGUGAAAAGAACUUUAGCAACAAUAUUGGGUCAAAGUAUCAUAAAAACGACGUAGAUGAAUUUAGGAAAUCCGACAAGAACAUGGAGAAGACGAACAAGCAGCCCAAAAAUUCAGCUAUUCUUAAAGACAAACCUUUUACGAGCGAUGGAAAGGUGAACAAUAGAUUUUCGAAAUCAUGUGAAAAUAUCUCCGAAAUGAAACAACGGAGCAUUUCGCCUACCGCUCAGCAAAAUCUGCAGGACGACAAGGAGGUCGCGCCAGAGGUCAAGCCACCAUCGAAGAACAAUUCGAAGGGUCGAAGAUUCACGUUUCAGAGCACUGUGCGACAGAUCGAAAGGCGUAGAUUGGCGGAAAAGUUAUCGCGGGAGGCGGAAGCCAAGGAAAGACAAAGGAAAGGCGAGUUAGAGGCGAUGCGUAAAGUGGAAGAAGAAUUUCAACGGAAACGUGCCAGGGAAAAGGCCAACAUUAGGCAGCAACUUCGCUUGUACAGUAUGGACGAAAAUAUGAGUUUGCCCACUGUGUGGGACAGCUCGCAAUUAUCUCGCGCGGACCCGGACGGCGCGCCGUCAUCGUCCGCGUCAUCGCCAACAUCAGUCCCACCGACGAAGUUGGCGACCACGCGGAAGAGCAGUGUCAGCAGCGACGAGUAUCUGCGUAAGAGGGCGUCCAGCGCGGAUUCCAGACAACAACAGCAGCAUCAUCAACAGCAGCCGAGGGAAUACAAGGAUUACCGGCCAAAGUAUUAUGACUGGACGCCCACUGAAUCGUCAUCGCAUCUGGAGUACAAGCAAACAACUGUCCAUCCCAAGGUGAUCUGCGACAUUCCCAAGAGCUCGGCCGUCUUCGUGGACGGGCACACGACCACUAAUAAAACCGCGAAUCUCAACUCUACGCCCAGGUCAGACAAUUACAGGAAAGAUUUUGCUCAUGGGGCCGUGGCGGCGAGAUCUUCCUUAGCGAGCAGCGACAGCGAGCUAUCGCAACCGAACACAAGACCGCAUUCCAGGCAAACCGGCGGCAAGAGUAAACCCCUUCGGUCUAGACAAGUACAAUUCGAGUCGAUAUUGAACGAAAGUAGUAGCGAUGAAGAAGAGUUUAACAGGCCGAAUAUCCCAACGGAACAAUCAAAUGCAGCGGAAAAGCAACGGGGCAAUGAUGGUUCUGCAAUGCAAAUUGACAACUUUACUGAUAGAGACGAGAUCAUUUUAGCUAUGAUCUGGUCGAACAAUCAAUUGGGCGCAGCCUACUACAAUAUUCUCACUUCCGAAUUGUUCGUGAUGGACGAUACCUACGACGACAAUGUUCAUUUUAACAUCACGAAAACACUGUAUAAACAAUGCCAACCGCGUUAUGUCGUCACGAUUUCCGGUACGUCCGACGAGUUUCUCACGGCAAUCGAGACUUUGGUAACAUCGGAAACGUCGAGCGAAUCGAACAAAUCACCGGGAACGAGCAGUGCGGGGCCGACGCAGGUCUCGCUGAGGGUGAUGCGGAAGAGGGAACACGGCUUCGACAGAUGCUAUCACAGAGUUCGAUGUCUCAAGCUCGAGUCGGAACCGGAGAACGCCAACAACGUCGAGAGACUUAUCUUUCUUCAGGGCCUGUUGAAUUUCAAAUCGAUCGUCAUGAUACACGCGCUGGGUCUGCUCUUGAUCUACAUUGAUCAGCAUUGGAGCAAUAUCGCGUUGGAUCCUUCCGGCAGACCUAACUUUGUAUCUUUGACUAGCGUAACAUUACGUGACAUUGUCAUGAUAAAUGACGAUACUUACGAGGCGUUAAAUAUCGUGCACGCCAGACAUCAUCCGAGUCUUUUCAAGUGUGGCGAUGCGGCAUCGAAGAAACAAAGUGGUAGCUUAUUCAUUCUUUUGAGCCGUUGUCAAUCGCGGCCUGGAGCACAAUUUUUGUGGCAAGUAAUCAUGGCCGUAUUAUUAACGUUGCGACAUCCUACAAGAAAUAUCGACAUUCUUAAUGGAAGAUUCGAAGUUAUCGAAUUUUGUCUUAAUCCGGAUAAUCAGAGUAUCGUCGAAAAUUUGAUGUCAUGUUUGAAACACGUUUAUCGUUUGACUAAUGUUAUUUUGGAUCGAUAUCUAGCGCAGCAGGCUAAAAUUUCUGAUUGGCGACGAUUGCAUAAGACGAUAUCUUCCAUAAUAUACAUCGCCGACAUAUGCGAAAAACAUCGUGAAAAAAUAAAACUGUUUCGUAAAAUCGUUGAUAGUAUCACGAACGAAGUACGUUACGUCAAAUAUUUUAUCGAAUACAUAGUGGACUUUAGCUCGAAGAGAUCCGAAAAUGAUUUCAUCGUCCGAGCAAACGUGGAUUCACAUUUGGAUAAAUUGCAUCACUUAAGAGGCACUUUACCCGAAACUUUGACACGAAUGGGAGAAAAAGAUAUGAAAGACCAUCUUCCGCCUUCGGUGACAACCUGCAAGAUGGUAUACAUACCGAAUAUCGGAUACCUCUUAGCAAUAACCGGAUGGAAUCCGUCGCCAGCCGACAAUGUGGAUUUGCAGAAUUUAGAAUUUAAAUUUGUUAGCAACAAUAUACGUUAUUAUAAAAGUCCCAGUGCUAAAGAGUUAGAUAAUACUAUAGGAGAUAUAUUAUUGAGGAUCAACAAGCGAGAGAGUUACAUUAUAUUGAAGCUCGUGAAAUAUAUAAAUAAACAUGCUGCAUCGAUCUUCAACGCGAUUCAAUUGUGCGCUGAAUUAGAUACGUUGUUGGCGUUUUACGUAGUCGCGCGAGAAUACAAUUAUGUAAAGCCAAAUAUGGUGGAGCGUCAGAUUAUAGCAGUAGAACAAGGUCGACACCCGUUGCAAGAAUUUCUAACAAUCUUCGUUCCGAAUGACACUUAUUCCGGGGACGGAAAGAGCCUCGUAAAAAUUUUAACCGGUCCGAACGCUUCUGGCAAGAGCACUUAUCUCAAACAAAUUGCACUUAUUGUGUUCAUGGCUCACAUCGGCUGCUACGUACCGGCUAAAUCAGCCACCAUAGGAACAGUGACUCAUAUUCUGACACAGAUUACGUCCAUGGACAGCAUUGCUCUAAAUACAAGCAUGUUUUUGCAAGAUAUGCGACAGAUAAACUCCGCUCUUUACACGUCCACGCCAAAUUCUAUCGUCAUUUUAGACGAAUUCGGAAACGGAACGUCCGAAGUGAGUGGCUUGUCAUUGCUCGCAGCUGUAUUGAAUAAUUUCGUCGAGCGAAGUAUUUACUGCCCACACGUUUUUGUGGCCACGCAUAUGCAUCGAAUAAUGAGCAUGUUGCCGCAAAGUCCGAUAAUCGAGGAACAGACUUUCGAGUUUGUUACAAACAACGACGGCUCCGUGGCAUAUCUUUAUCGUAUAACUACUGGACACGCAACACGUAGUUUUGCACAUGCAGCUGCGCGAAGUGCUGGUUUGGACGAACAGAUUGUUAAACGAGCAUUAGAGGUUUACGAAAAAUUUAAAGCUGGCGAGUUACCUCCGCGACUACCAGAAGCUGCAAGACAAGAUAUGGCGGCGCGCAUCAUUGAACGAUUAUUGGAAAGUGAAAAUUUUAAUUUGGAAGAGUUAAAAUCGUUGAUUCGUCAAGCCACGGAACAACAAGCUGUGCAAAAAUAAGAAAUGUUGAAAUC